AAUUCUAUUUGCAGGUAUGCUUUUAACAGCCUUACACUACCAGUCCCUUCACAUACUAGCGCUCGUACCAUCACUACCGGCACAGACAACACACUCCGAAACCACUGAAAUAAUGCCUGAAUUCGAGGGACAAAUCUUGAGCGAACCGUUAAAGCCAGGGGUUGGCAGCGAUGUUAUACUGUCGUGUCCGGUCAAGAAUCUGGGAAAAUCUAAAGUU